AAUGUCAUUACUUGACAGGCUUUCUACAACUGGGCAAUAGCAAUAUCUGAUCGAGCAAAAAUGCGUGGACGGACCAAGGAAGCUGAAGAACUAUGGGAGCAGGCAACAAAAAACUAUGAAAAAGCUGUCCAGCUCAACUGGAACAGCCCUCAGGCGCUAAACAAUUGGGGACUUGCGCUUCAGGAACUCAGUGCGAUUGUUCCAGCACGAGAGAAGCAAAGAAUUGUGAGGACUGCAAUUAGUAAGUUUCGUGCAGCAAUACAGUUGCAAUUUGAUUUCCAUCGAGCAAUAUACAACCUUGGAACUGUUCUGUAUGGUUUAGCUGAGGAUACCUUAAGAACUGGAGGGUCAACGAAUCUGAAAGAAGUUUCCCCAAAUGAGCUUUAUAGCCAAUCUGCUAUCUACAUUGCAGCUGCUCAUGCAUUGAAACCAAAUUACUCGGUUUACAGCAGUGCCUUGCGACUUGUUCGUUCAAUGCUACCUUUACCCCAUCUGAAAGAUGGGUAUCUGAGUGCACCACCAGCAGGAAACACAAUUGCACCUCAUAGUGAUUGGAAGAGAACAGAGUUCUUUUUGAAUCAUGAAGCGCUUCAACAGGUUAUCAGGGUCGAGCAGAAACAAAUUUCCCGCAGCCUCUCUGGCAGAACUGCAGAUGUAGCAAAUAUCGAUAAAAGGGCUAUCAGAGUUGAUAUUCCAGAUAUUGUUUCUGUAUCAGCGUGCGCUGAUCUGACUUUACCACCAGGUGCAGGCCUCUGCAUUGAUACUACCCUCGGUCCAGUUUUCUUGGUUGCUGACUCCUGGGAAUCCCUAGAUGGAUGGCUUGAUGCUAUCCGCUUAGUUUACACAAUUUAUGCACGAGGUAAGACUGAUGUUCUAGCAGGUAUCAUUACAGCCUAAGUGUUUCUCAUGUAAUUGAGCGUGCAAUUUUUUAUUACGAUUGUUUACAUCUGUCUUCAAAUUUGGUUGGAUCUAAUUUGACUCAUGUAUAUUAUCAAAAUUUUUGGAAUACUAAGGUUAAGCUAAUUGUUCUGUCAAA